AUGGAGCGUAGUAAACUGGCAACGUACACGUACUCUUAUGGCGAUGGAUUGUUUGACGCCCAAGCCGAACGCCUCUUUGCUGAAAUUGACAAACAGUUGAACAAGUGGAACAAUAAGUACGGGCCGAAAAAAUUGCAUGCGACGCUGGAAAACUCUCGGUCCAUUGGAAGGAAUACCCAUGCAGCUGAAGCAACUGUCUGUCCGAAUACGAAAUGCAAAAGUCUUGGGUGCAAUCAACGUGCAGCUGAAUCAAGCUCCACCCACACUGACGGCAGUAGCAACAGCAGCUGCAGUUGCGGCAGUAACGAUAGUACUUCUAACAAUCACUUGACCGAGGAACUGAAACGAGAGAUUUCUGUGCUAGGGGCACGUGUCAGCGUCUUGGAGGAACAACUGCGUGCCGCCGAUAGCGAGCGCACAGCUUUGAUAAAAAGAUUGGAAUUUACAGAGCAGCAAAUGUUGAAGCUUUUUGAUGCGCAUACGACUCUUCAAAGCGAGUGGGUUACAUUUAGGACGCAUACGCUGUCAUCAUCGCCGUGUGAUGAGGCGCAGGAAAUGAUAAGAGGUGGAAAUAGUUAUCUCGCUGCUGAGCAUUUGACGCCAACUCGAUAUUGCAGUAGUGAUACUUGCUUAGGAUCAUCAACUGUAGCCUCAACGGAGUUGGUGCCCCUCCAUGCCGGUACUACAGUGUCAGGCUCCAAUGUAAACGGCAAGACGUUAGACGCUGAGCCAGGACCCAUGGCGCCUCGACAAAAAUCAACUGCACAGAAGCGCAAAAUGGUGCUUGAACAAUUGGCACAGCGCCUUUAUGUUCCCUUACCAUCCUGA